CGACGACUACGCAUGGGUGGUCGUCUGAUUUGCGACAUUAAGUGAGGUUUACGGGAAGAGUUGUGGAGCAACAUGUUGAAGCACAAGACAUUCCUGAAGAAGAACAGACGUGGCAAUGUCCUCAAGAUUGUGCGCGAGCACUACCUGCGGGACGACCUGUGGUGCGGCGUGCAGGGCUGCGAGGACUGCCGGCAGCCGGCGCACGAGGCGCCGCUGGAGCGGGCGGCGCCCUCGGUCAGCUCGGCCGUGCCAGAGCCGCACCUGCUGCUGCCAGACACGAACGUCAUCCUGCACCAGCUGGAGAUUCUGUCCAGCGACGCCAUCAAGAAUGUCAUCUUGCUGAAGACAGUGCUGGAUGAGGCGCGGAAGCGGAGUCCUCCGCUCUACAAGAAGCUGACUGACCUCAUGUCUUCCACCAACAAACACUGCUACGUGUUUAUUAAUGAACACCACAAGGACACGUACGUGGAGCGCGUGCCCGGCGAGACGUCCAACGACUACAGCGACCGCCUGAUCCGGCGGGCGGCGCUCUGGUACAACGAGCACGCGACCGGCGUCAAGACCCUGCUGCUCACCGACGACCGGGAGAACCUGCGACGCGCCAGGAAGGAGGACUUGCCCUCCAUGAGAGUCUCCGCGUACGUGUGGUCCAUGCCGGACCACCCGGAGCUGGCCGAUCAGCUGGCUUCGCUGGAGCUCGGCGUGCCCGGCGACGGCGCCGUCUGCUACCCGGAACACCUCGGCCUGGCGCUGCUGCAGGCCGGCAUCAAGAGCGGCACGUACCGGCAGGGCAAGUUCUUCGCGCGCGACGACAACUACCUGGAGGGCACCGUCAUGGUGGAGGGCCUCGAGCAGCCGGUACUGAUCCAGGGCCGCUACAACCUGAACCGAGCUGUGCAGGACGACAUCGUGGCCGUGGAGCUGUUCCCGCGCGAGCGCUGGUCAGUGCCAUCCAACCUGGCCAUCGAGGACGUCGGCUUCGACAAUGAUUUCUCGUGCGAGCUGGGCUUCCCUCCGGAGUGUUGCCUGGGCCAGGCGGCGGCGCAGCCCACUGGCCGUGUGGUGGGCGUCAUCAAGAGGAAGUGGCGCCAGUACUGCGGCAUGGUCGAGCUCAACCCCAUCCCAGAGGAGAUCCACCACCAGUUUGUGCCGGCCAACGGGCGCGUGCCCCGCGUGCUGAUCCAGACGGCGCGGGGCCAGCAGCUGGCCGGCAAGCGGGUGGUCGUCACGAUAGACAGCUGGCCCAGGAACUCGCGCUACCCCCUGGGACACUUUUGCCGCGACCUGGGCAAGAUCGGCACCAAAUCUGCUGAGAACGAGGUGCUGCUGCUGGAGCAUGACGUGCCGCACAGUCACUUCUCGGACGGCGUGAUGGCCUGCCUUCCCCGGCUGCCCUGGGAGAUCACGCCUCAGGACGUCGCGAACCGGGUGGACUUACGCCACGUCGAUGUCUGUUCGGUGGACCCGCCCGGCUGUACUGACAUUGAUGACGCUCUGCACUGCAAACGUCUGGAGAGUGGAAACUUCGAGGUGGGUGUGCACAUCGCGGACGUUUCGCACUUUAUCCGGCCCGGCACGGCGAUCGACAAGGAGGCGGCCAACAGGGGCACCACGGUCUACCUCAUCGACAAACGGAUAGACAUGGUGCCAGACUUGCUCAGCUCGAACCUGUGCUCGCUGCGGGGCGGCGAGGAGCGGUUCGCCUUCUCCUGCAUCUGGGAGGUGACGCCCGAUGCCGAGAUCGUUCACACCAAGUUCCACAAGUCCAUCAUCAGGUCGCGGGCGGCGCUGACGUACGGUGAGGCGCAGCUGAAGAUUGACGACGCCAGCCAGCAGGACGCCGUCUCCCAGUCGCUGCGCGGUCUGAACUCGCUCGCCAAAGUGCUGAAGCGGCGCCGGCUGGAGAACGGGGCCCUGCUGCUCGCCUCGCCGGAGAUCCGCUUCCACAUCGACUCAGAGACGCACGACCCGAUCGACGUACAAGCCAAACAGCUGCUGGAGACCAACUCCAUGGUGGAGGAGUUCAUGCUGCUGGCCAACGUGUCGGUGGCGGAGAAGAUCCUGGAGGAGUUCCCCGAGUGUGCGCUGCUGCGGCGCCACCCGCAGCCACCGCCCAACAACUUCCAGCCGCUGGUGAAGGCGGCGGAGCUGCAGGGCUUCAAGCUUAACGUGGACUCAAACAAGGCGCUGCAGGAGUCGCUGAACCUGGCGGUGCGGCCCGACAACCCGUACUUCAACACGAUGCUGCGUAUCAUGGCCACCCGCUGCAUGAUGCAGGCCGUGUACUUCUGUACAGGCACCAUCAGCCGCGAUCAGUUCCAGCACUACGGCCUGGCGGCGCCCAUCUACACCCACUUCACUUCGCCCAUCCGACGGUACGCCGACAUCAUAGUGCACCGGCUGCUGGCCGUGGUCACCGGCCAGGACUCCACCUACAAGGAGCUGCUGGACAAGCGACGCACCCAGAGCACCUGCAACCACAUCAACUACCGGCACCGGAUGGCCCAGUACUCGCAGCGCGCCUCUGUGGGGCUGCACACUCACCUGUUCUUCAAGGAGCGCGUGCGCGAGGAGGAGGGCUACGUGCUGCUGGUGAAGCAAAACGCUGUGUCUGUGCUGGUGCCCAAGUAUGGUCUGGAGAGCACCAUCUUGCUGCCCGGAUCUGAGCGCGAGAACGCACGCGUGCAGUUCGUCUACGACGAUAAGGUGCCCUCCCAGGCGGCGGGAGGUGUGACCCUGAAGACGUUUGACAAGGUCAUCGUUCAGCUGUCGGUGGAGUCCAGAAACGUGCAGCAGCAGAAGCUGGUGAUGAAGCUCAUCAAGCCCGAG